AUGAGGGUGCUGCAGGUCUGGCUCCUGUGUCUGCUGCUGCUGGGCCUGGCCCUGCGGGGGGCUGCCCGCCGCGCCCCCCAGCACUCCACGAACACCCGCACCCCCGACAUCGAUCCCGCCUGGUUCCUGGGUCGCAGAAUCAGGCCUGUGGGCCGCUUCGGCCGGAGGAGGGCGGCCCUGAGCACCGCCCCAGAGCUGAGCCUGUGGCCCCGGCCGGCGGCCUCCCCCUGGAGGGAGGCACUGAGCCCUCCCAGGGCGGGUGACAGCCCAGAGCAGGAGUGA